AUGGUAUCAUAUUAUUUUAUUUCACUUCUUGUAAUAUUGAUUAAUGUAUUAACAUUAUCCACCAAUAAAUUACCAUCGACUUCUUUACAACAUAACUCACUUAAUCGCCAUAAAAUUGUAUUGAGAAACAAAAUAAAUAGUGAUAUGUAUCGAAUCAAACAAAUAUUAGACCCACUUCGUUCUUUAUUUAAUUCUCGAGAUAUUUAUCGUAAACAUAAUAAUAUGCUUAAAACUUUUUGGACAUGCUGUCCUCAACAAAGAGUUUACUUGUUCGAUAUGCGAAAUGCUUAUCACAUCAUUAUGGGAACAGAUGAUUGUCACAAUUUCAUACGAGAUAAUAGAACUCGUCUUACAAGACAAUGUCAAAACAACUUAAAAUUAUUUGAUCCAACACGUGGAGAUGUUCAAACCUGCGACGGUCGUCUACUUCGUAAUCUUGCUGAUAAAUACGUUUUUGUGGUAGAAUUAUCAAAUUAUACAGAAAGAUGGUGUAUCGAUGGUCUUUAUCCUAUGCUCAUUUAUUCUGAUAUAAAUCAGAUUUUACCAUGCGAAAGAGCUAUUCGUCAAGGACUAAGAAAAGAUCCUCAAUCAUAUGCUACAUAUGAUGCUCUUAGUAGCAAUAUACUUGAUGUAUAUGUAAAAAAUUUACAUAACUAUCGUGACUGCGGUGAUCCUCAUUUUUGGGAUAAAGAAGACGAUGAAGAAAUUGACACAUCAAUGCCAAUGUUUGAGUACCGAAGAUAG